AUGCAGCCCAGCCGGACACUCAGCAACAUUGGAAACUGGGUCUCGGCGACAAGAAAGAUUCGCCAUUCCGGCGAGCUCUUGCUGGUAGUAGCGAUCGUGGAUCGAGCCGAGGAAGAGGAGGUGGGCAGCGACGGAGACGGGCAAUGGUCCGAAGAUAGCGAUGUCCCGGAGGAUGAACUGAAAGACCUUGUGACCGAGCUGACGGCUGUCACCUCCAGAAUGGCCGCACAAGCACAGUAUUUCAAGGACGAGUGCCCGGCGCCGGAAAGGCAGGAUGGUAAGAAGCCUGCGACAAGCGUUCUAGUCAAGACGUCCAGGGCACAACCAGAGGUGCUGCACGUCGUGCUGGUUAUUGAUGCAGACUUGAGCAUGGGAUCAGAGGACAUUGAAGUUAUGCAGUCAAAGAAAGGCUCUCAGACGAAAUUCCCGGCAAACAUCCGCCGCAUCGACGCCGUUUUCAACUCCUGCCGUGCCUUUCUUGAGACGCAUCAAGAUGCAAGCGGUUUGGGGACGGAUCUUUUUAGCUUGGUGGUCUUCAACAGCAGGGCAGAUGUAGUUUUCGAGAGACAGGCGAAGAAGUAUGCUGAUGGUCAGUUGAAGAAACUCGCCGGCAAGCUCUCGCCGAAGCAUCAAACCAAAUUUCAAUCAGCCUUUCGAACCGUGGAAAAGCUCAUUGGCCUGCAGCAAGUUGCCGAAGAUGUGCGUGUGAUCUUGUUGUCCGACGGCAAGCCUUACGAAAAGUACACCGUCCGCCAGUUGUUUGAGAAGCACUUGCUCAACACAGCUUCUGUUCAGAUGGCGCGAAGCUUUGAGGUUCAUGCUGUGGGUUUCGGCCCAGAGCCGGAGCACUGGGCCAACUUGCGCCACCUUGCGGAGAUGACGCGAGGAACCUUCCAGCAGUCAUCCUUGGAUCAUCUAGCGCUGCGAGAGGCCUUCACAUCUAUAGCUGCAACCAUCACCGUGACAUCGGUCGCAGGCGGCUCUGGCACCUCGUCGGAAGGAACAUCGGUGGCAGCUCCCUUGAAGAGUGCCACGUCGGAGAUUCCUUUCGAUCCCCUUCUGGAUGCCGGAAAGACCUGCGCACGGCGGUGCAGUUUGAUCAAGGUUACCUUACAGAAAGCGAGUCGUUUUGCUGCGCCACGAGAUGCUGAAAGGGAGCUUUGUGCCAACUGUGAUGUGACGGUCGACACGAAGGCUUUUGGUUUUGGAGGUAUGCGGGUUGUGUACCGGAUGGUCGAUUCAUCGAAGAUGAACGAAAAAGAGAAGAUGGUCGCCAAGCGCCUAAUCAAAGAGCCACAUGCCCGUAAGGAGGACAUGCUGCCUUUUUGCCGUUGCACCAGUUUGGCAAUGCAGAUGCGCACAAGCUUCACUGAUGUCAUCUACAAAAAAUGGAUUGCUGUUCCAUACGAUAUUUGGUUUGUUCCGUGUUAUUUGUAUCAAUACUCUUGCCGAAGUGGUGAGCCGGCAUUCUUCCUUGGCGAGCACCAACUCGAGGGCAAGUUCACGAAGUUCAAUAGCAACAACGGGUAUGUGAACAGUGAUGCAGAAAAUGAAGAUUGCAGUGAGCUACUCCAAGCAUUCAGCCAUUAUACAUUCGUCAGGAGCAAAGGGAGCGUCAUGAUCGUCGAUCUCCAGGGUGUAAUUGAUGGAGGCUACAUUCUGUUGACGGACCCACAGGUACACACACGCCAUAAGAAAGUCGACUAUGGGAGAGGCGAUUUGGGGUUCGAAGGUAUGAAGAGGUUCUUCGAGAGCCACUACUGCGGCAAGACAUGCCAUGCGCUCAAGUUACCAGGUGAGCAGCAUGAUCUUUUAAAAAGCAUGGAGCUGGAGAAGGACCGCCGGUGCCAAAUUUGCAUGAAUGCGCCUUCCAAGACAGUGUUGGAGCCCUGCGGACAUUCGGCAGUUUGCAGGGCAUGUGUCCUCAAACUUUUCGAAUCCCCGCAGCCCUCCUGCCCGAUCUGCCGGCAAGCUGUCACCAAAUACCACACUGGUGUAUACAGCACUACAUUUGUGCCGCCAGUCAGGCGUGGCUGA